GCUGCUGCGGCCUGAGGUGGGGCCGGGCCGGUCGGGACUGCAGGCAGUGCGUUUAAAAGUGGACCUAACCAGAAGCGUGCUUGGGUGUUUCCAGGCUUCAUGAAUCAAAAUACUCUGUCCUGCAGUAGACUUGCACUUGGCGUUGUGUUUAGCUCAGCCGAAACAGACCUGGAAUGAAAGUAAAUUGCCCUGAUCACUAUCAUCCUGUCCUAACUGUUGAGUUAAGGACAGGUAACGCAAAAGGUGUUCUAAGGAAUUGGAACCAUGACAGACUCCAAGUAUUUCACAAAUAAUAAAAAAGGAGAGAUCUUUGAGCUCAAGGCUGAGCUCAACAAUGAAAAGAAAGAGAAGAGGAAAGAAGCUGUGAAGAAGGUUAUUGCUGCCAUGACUGUAGGGAAGGAUGUAAGCUCUCUCUUUCCUGAUGUGGUGAAUUGCAUGCAGACUGACAACCUGGAGCUGAAGAAGCUGGUGUAUCUGUAUCUAAUGAACUAUGCCAAAAGUCAGCCAGAUAUGGCUAUUAUGGCUGUGAACAGCUUUGUGAAGGACUGUGAAGAUCCAAACCCACUGAUCCGUGCAUUGGCAGUCCGUACAAUGGGAUGCAUUCGUGUGGACAAAAUCACAGAGUAUUUGUGUGAACCACUCCGCAAGUGUCUAAAGGAUGAAGACCCUUAUGUACGGAAGACUGCAGCCGUCUGUGUGGCGAAGCUGCAUGACAUUAAUGCCCAAAUGGUGGAGGAUCAGGGGUUCCUGGAUUCCCUACGUGACCCGAUUGCAGACUCCAAUCCCAUGGUGGAGGCGAAUGCUGUGGCUGCCUUGUCUGAGAUCAGCGAGUCGCAUCCUAAUAGUAACCUGCUGGACCUGAACCCACAGAACAUUAACAAAUUGUUAACUGCUCUAAAUGAAUGCACCGAAUGGGGCCAGAUCUUCAUUCUGGACUGUCUGUCCAACUAUAACCCCCAGGAUGAUCGUGAGGCUCAAAGCAUUUGCGAGAGGGUGACUCCACGGCUGUCUCAUGCCAACUCGGCAGUGGUGCUCUCUGCAGUGAAAGUCUUGAUGAAGUUCCUGGAGCUCUUACCCAAGGACUCAGACUACUACAACAUGCUGCUAAAGAAACUAGCUCCUCCGCUUGUAACGCUGCUGUCAGGAGAACCUGAAGUUCAGUAUGUUGCUCUGAGGAAUAUCAACUUAAUUGUGCAGAAAAGGCCUGAGAUCUUGAAGCAAGAAAUCAAGGUGUUCUUUGUGAAGUACAAUGACCCCAUUUAUGUCAAACUGGAAAAGCUGGACAUCAUGAUCCGCCUGGCCUCUCAAGCAAACAUCGCCCAGGUUCUGGCAGAACUCAAGGAAUAUGCUACUGAGGUGGAUGUUGUUGUCCGUAAGGCUGUGCGAGCAAUUGGACGAUGUGCCAUCAAGGUUGAGCAAUCUGCAGAACGCUGUGUGAGUACCCUGCUGGACCUCAUCCAGACCAAGGUCAACUAUGUUGUCCAGGAGGCUAUUGUUGUCAUCAGGGACAUCUUCCGCAAGUAUCCCUACAAGUAUGAGAGCAUCAUUGCCACAUUGUGUGAGAAUCUAGAUUGCCUGGAUGAGCCGGAUGCCAGAGCUGCCAUGAUCUGGAUAGUGGGUGAAUAUGCAGAAAGAACAGACAAUGCAGAUGAGCUGCUGGAGAGCUUUUUGGAAGGAUUCCAUGAUGAAAGCACCCAGGUGCAGCUCACUCUGCUGACCGCUAUAGUGAAGCUGUUCUUAAAGAAGCCCUCAGAAACGCAGGAGCUGGUUCAGCAGGUCGUAAGCCUGGCCACACAGGAUUCAGACAACCCAGACCUGCGAGAUCGUGGUUAUAUCUAUUGGCGCCUUCUCUCCGCAGAUCCUGUGACUGCCAAAGAAGUGGUUUUAUCAGAAAAGCCACUGAUUUCUGAGGAGACUGACCUGAUUGAGCCAACACUGCUGGAUGAGCUCAUCUGCCACAUUGGGUCAUUGGCUUCUGUGUACCACAAACCACCCAGUGCCUUUGUGGAGGGCAGCCACGGGAUCCACCACAAGCAUUUGCCAAUUCACCAUGGCAGCACUGACGCAGGAGACAGCGCUGUGGGAACCACUGCCACUACCAACUUGGAGCAGCCUCAGGUUAUCCCAUCUCAAGGUGACCUUCUGGGUGAUCUUCUGAACCUUGACCUGGGCCCCCCAGUGAAUGUACCCCAAGUGUCCUCCAUGCUGUGGUGCUGUGGACCUCAUUGGUGGAGGGUUAGACAGUUUGAACAUCUAAAAACACAUGGCAUCAGACGAGUGCUCGUCAUAGGCGACUCCAUCCUGAGAGGUACGGAAGGACCCAUCUGUCGCCAGGACCCCUCGGCACGAGCGGUAUGCUGCCUCCCUGGAGCAAAGAUUCGGGAUGUGACGGAGUGACCGGACGAGGAAGAU